CAUUUUUCCUUACCUUCUGAUCUUCAAUAAGCAAAAUAUGGAAUUUUAAAUGAGCAUUAGACUCCACUGACAUUUUCCUGUGAGCCUCUCUCACCACAAGAUAUUUGUGCCAAAUUUAGCGUACUCCUUUAUCUCGAAUUGUAUGUCUUUUUUUCUUUUUUCUUUUUUCUUUUUCUUUUUUGUAUUUAAAUUGUUCCAAAUCAUCUCUAACUUUUAAAUAAUUUUUCAAAACAUUUUUCAUUAUUUUUCUAAUUAAAUAGAUAUUUUUAAGACAUACUUCUUAAUACAUUUGUUAGUUUUAAAUUUAAUUUUACUGAACUUUACUUCUUCUUUUUUACAUAUAGUAGUACAUUUCACAUUUUUUCUUCUUUCUUCGUACUAGCGGUGUUGAGAUAGUAAAGAGAAUAAAGACAAAUACCCCUUAAACUCCUCCUUGCCAAGUGUUCACUUCGGCCUUUCUCACUUUUUCUUCACCUUUCUUUGUUUUGCUCCCUUCAUUGGCCACACCCUAAUAUAUGCUCAUGAACUCAUUUCAAAACCAAUCUUAAAGGAGUUUCUUCUUCAAUUCUCACUACCCAACAGGAAAAUAAAACGAACGGAGAGGAAAGUUUGCAGAAAUGGAUCGUUCAUUAUUCUCUGUAUUCUCAUCUUCUUCUACAAUUCUAUUCCUUACAGUUCUCCAUGUUCUGUUCAUGCAUGCAUAUUCAACAACACACUGGCAAGACAUUGAAGUCUUAAAGCAACUCAAGAAUAGCGUCGACUCCAAUUCAAUGACACCUGGCUCAUGCCUGAUCUCUUGGGAUUUCUCUGUAGACCCUUGUGACAAUCUCUCCGGUGAAAAAUUCACCUGUGGUCUCCGUUGUGACAUUGUCAUAUCCUCAGUUAGCCGAGUCACUGAAGUCGCUCUUGACCAGGCGGGUUACUCUGGUUCACUCACUUCAAUCUCUUGGGACCUCCCUUAUCUCCAAACCUUGGACCUCACUAAUACUUUCUUCACUGGUUCAGUACCGGACUCACUCUCAAAUCUGUCUCGUCUUCAACGACUCACUUUGUCAAGAAACUCGUUCUCUGGUUCAAUUCCCAGUUCUCUAGGCUCACUUUCAAACCUUGAAGAACUUUACCUUGAUAAUAAUUUCCUUGAGGGAACAAUACCCUCAACUUUCAACGGUCUCAAGAAUUUAAAAAGGCUCGAAUUUCAAGCCAAUAAGCUCACUGGCGAGUUUCCCGAUUUAGGUCAGUUAAAUAAUUUGUUUUUCCUCGAUGGAAGUGACAAUGCUUUCUCCGGCCAACUUCCGGCGACUUUCCCGGCAUCUCUCAUCGAGCUUGCAAUGAGAAACAACAGCUUAGAAGGUAACAUUCCGGCGAGUCUCGCCGGACUGAAUUUCUUACAAGUUAUUGAUCUGAGUCACAACAAACUCAGUGGGUCAGUUCCAGCGAGUCUCUUCACCCACCCCUCUCUUGAGCAGCUCACAUUAUCGUAUAACCAAUACGGGUCGGUUCAACAACCCGGGAACUUCUUACAAAACAGUCAGUUGAUUGCAGUAGACUUGAGCAACAAUGAGAUCCGCGGGUUAUUACCCGGGUUCUUGGGUUUAAUGCCCAGAUUAUCAUCAUUAUCACUAGAGAACAACAAGUUGUCGGGUAUGAUACCGGUCCAAUAUUCAUUAAAAAUGGUGGUGCCGGGUCAAGGGGUAUCACAAUUUGAGAGACUGUUGUUAGGAGGGAAUUACUUAUUCGGACCCAUACCGGGUCCAAUGUUGGAGCUAAAACCGGGUUCAGUAACAGUGAGAUUAGGGGACAACUGUUUGUACCGGUGCCCGUUGAGAUUAUUUUUAUGUGAAGGUGGGGAACAGAAAUCAUUAUCGGAGUGUCAGGCUUUUGGUCCCAUCAUUCCUUGAAUAGUGUGACAAUCUAUUUACUUCGAGGUCCUUAGAAGUUUUUUUGUUGGUUGUAUAUUGUAUAAAUAAUUUUUGGAUUUUCCUCCCUGGCUUUUUCUCCAGUACUCUUAUCUCUUCACAUGGGGUUUUAGGUAUGGUCUAGAUGAAUCUAUUGUAUUUCUUCGCGAUAUGUUUGUGGAGCUUGGGACAUAAUGUAUGAUGAUCUUCAGAUGUAAGUUAGGUGGAAUUAAAUUUUUACUUUUAGCAAUGA